AUGUUUAACCGAUACGUAUUAGAUAUUCCAGCUGUAAUAAUUGAUAAUGGAUCGGGACUCUGCAAAGCAGGUCUGUCUGGAGAGAUUGUACCCCGUCAUGUCAUCAGUUCUGUCGUGGGACAUCCUCGAUUUAACAUUUCUUUAUCAGAACCCUAUCAGAAAAAGUACUUUGUGGGGGAAAAAGCCCUGUACACAUAUGAGGCCUUGCAUUUGCACUACCCCAUUGAGCGUGGACUGGUAACAGGAUGGGAUGACAUGGAGAAACUAUGGAAGUAUCUUUUUGAAUGGGAGCUGGGAGUAAAAUCCUAUCAACGGCCUGUUCUCAUGACAGAGCCCUCUUUGAACCCAAGGGAGACUCGAGAAAAGAUGACAGAAGUAAUGUUUGAGACCUUCAAUGUACCCGCUUUCUACUUGUCCAACCAUGCAGUGGUAGCACUCUAUGCCUAUGCCUCUGUCACGGGCCUUGUGGUGGACAGUGGGGAAGGAGUCACUUGUACUGUCCCCAUCUUCGAGGGUUACUCUCUGCCUCAUGCUGUCACCAAGCUCUAUGUGGCAGGGAGGGACAUCACAGAUCACUUGACCCAGCUACUCCUUGCUGGUGGGAGUACCUUCCCUUGCAUACUCAACAAGACCUUAGUGGAUGACAUCAAAGAGAAGCUGUGCUAUGUGGCCUUGGAGCCAAAAAAGUCGCUAUAUAAGAGGCCAGAGGAGGUCCUGAGAGAAUACAGACUGCCAGAUGGGAAUGUCAUCUACAUUGGGGAUCAGCUGUAUCAGGUGCCUGAGAUUCUUUUCGCACCUGACAAACUGGGCAUCCAUAGCCCGGGACUCUCAACGAUGGUUGCCAGCAGCAUUAUGAAGUGUGACAUAGACAUCCAGAACAAUCUCUUUGCAGAAAUUGUACUGUCUGGGGGCACCACUCUCUUCCCUGGGCUUGAGGAAAGACUUAUGAAAGAACUGGAACAGCUAGCUUCCAGAGGAACUCCCAUCAAGAUCACAGCUUCUCCUGAUAGGUGUUUCUCUGCAUGGAUAGGUGCAUCCGUCGUGACCUCUCUGAGCAGUUUCAAACAGAUGUGGAUCACUUCUGCAGAUUUCAUGGAGUUUGGGACAUAUGUUGUUCAGAGAAGGUGCUUUUAA